GACUGGUCGGCCGGAGAACGGGAAGACGGAGACGCGUUUUGUUUUUGUUCAGCUAAACCGUCGAAAACGAGCCGAGUCGUCGCUUCUGCCGCUCGUUUCGGUUCGUUAAGAGCCUUAGCUCGGUGAAUAAAGCCAAACGGCCGGGCCGGAGGACGAACACACCGAGACAUUUGAUCUAGAAAGGGAGGACUCGUCACCCUCUGACCCCCUCCCUGCCUCCCUCACACACUCACCACCAUGACGAUUCUCCCGAAGAAGAAGCCCAGCUCCGGGGUCGGAGUCUCGGACCACGCCGAUGACAGCGACCGUCGGAGCGGCUCCGACCCGCACCAGCACCCGCACCCGCACUCGGGGCGGACCGGCGCUCGGCCGAGGGCUUCACCUCCGCCGUGGUCCUACCAGCCCGCUCCGCCCUCCGCCAGGGACGACAGGCGGAGCAUCGAGGCGAGCUCCCGUCCGCAGCAGGCCUCUCCGCCGCCCGUCGGCUCCGUGUCCCCGGUAGGGCCGGGAGACGGUCGGGACAGCAGCGGCGGGAUUGUGGCCGGGUCACGCGGGGAGCUCGUCGUGUCGGCCGGCGUCGUCGGAUGCGGCGGAGGCAUCGGCAGCUGCUGCUCCGGGCCCGGACUGAGCAAGAGACGGCGGCAGGCAGGUACCUGUUCCGGCGGGGUGGUGGCAGCUCUGGCCGGCGGAGGCCAGCCCGGGGUGACCGGACCGGGAGGGGUGGGGUCCAGCCAGGACACAGAGGAAGGAGCCGGGAACAACAGCGAAGACGAGUACGAGAACGCCGCCCGGCUGCAGUCCAUGGACCCGGCUACUGUGGAGCAGCAGGAGCACUGGUUUGAAAAAGCUCUGAGGGAGAAGAAAGGCUUUGUCAUCAAGAAGAUGAAGGAGGACGGAGCGUGUCUGUUCAGAGCCGUGGCUGAUCAGGUGUAUGGAGAUCAAGAUAUGCAUGAAGUGGUCAGGAAACACUGUAUGGAUUACCUGAUGAAGAACGCCGACUAUUUCUCCAACUACGUGACAGAGGACUUCACCACAUACAUCAACAGGAAGAGGAAAAACAACUGCCACGGCAACCACAUUGAGAUGCAGGCCAUGGCUGAGAUGUAUAACAGACCAGUGGAGGUGUACCAGUACAGCACAGAGCCAAUCAACACGUUCCACGGCAUUCACCAGAACAACGACGAGCCAAUCAGAGUGAGCUACCACCGCAACAUCCACUAUAACUCUGUGGUGAACCCCAACAAGGCCACGAUUGGUGUCGGACUGGGACUGCCCGCCUUCAAACCAGGGUACGCAGAGCAGUCUCUGAUGAAAUCGGCCAUCAAGACGUCAGAGGAGUCAUGGAUCGAGCAGCAGAUGCUGGAGGACAAGAAGAGGGCGACGGACUGGGAGGCCACCAACGAGGCCAUUGAGGAGCAGGUGGCCCGGGAGUCCUACCUGCAGUGGCUGCAGGACCAGGAGAAACAGGCCAGACAGCCACGUAAGGCCAGCGCCACCUGCAGCUCAGCGACGGCGGCGGCCUCCAGCGGACUGGAUGACUGGAGCGCACGGUCGCCACGGCAACGUGACUCUGACCCCUCCCACUCCGAUCUCGCUACCACCCCGUCAACCAACAACAAGCCCCCCUCCCCGGCUGGAGCUGCCCUCAUCCUGAGCAAACCCCCCUCACCCUGUGCGCCAGGUCCCAGUAAUCAGAGUCGUCAUCAUUUGGAGUACAGAGCCAUCAUGCAGGAGAUGUCGCCUACAGCAUUUGGUCUGACAGACUGGGAGGACGAUGAGAUUCUGGCGUCGGUGCUGGCCGUUUCUCAGCAGGAGUACCUGGACAGCAUCAAACACCAGAGCACCGCCAUGCAUCGAGAGAGAGAGCCGUCACCUGACAGCAGCUGAUACCCGGCCGACACACAAACACACACACCAACACAACCAUGACCUUUAACCCCCACCCCACCCCCCCCCAACGACCUCCACCACCAUCCUGACCCCCUCCACCCGCUCACCUGACCUACAGAAGGAGAUCGACCAGGGAAAAAAUAAAACAUCAAAGAAAUGCACACUUGUUUUUUUUUCUUUCAACUCAUCUGCUCAUCUCUCUCCUUUCUGUCGUCUCCUCUUCCCUCCUGCCCUGUUUCCUGCCCUCAUUUCCUCUAAUUUCCUCUUCCCCUUUCUCCCAUAACACCUUGCUUCCAGCCAAUAACAAUCCAGCAUUAACAAUGUCCUUCACCCCCACUUUUCAUUUUCAGAGGGAGCUCGGUCUUACUGCUGAUUUGGAAUCAGUCCUGACAUUUAAAUGUCACAUUUGGCAGCUUUCAGUUUAAAUUUUGAUGUUUUGUUUAUUUUUCAGAAUCACACUGCUGUUUCUGUUUGGAACAAUGCCAGCGAGCCACGUUGCUGUUAGCUUAGUUGCUGAUAGCACAUUUUUUGCCAUGAUUCUUAAUGAUCUCUAAGUGCCCACUUGCAGCCAUUUUGUGUGAGGAAUGCUAAUCCCGCUAAUCAGAGGUGAAAAACAACAUCUCUACAGGUUCUACAAGUCAUCACCUGACGUCUUACUGUGUUUCAAGCUAGUUUCCUGUUGCAUUGCUGUUAGCUUAGCUGCUAACUACAUUUCCCCAUUCGUUCUUACUGUUCUUGCAAUUCCCACUGGUAGCCAUUUUGUGUGAGGAAUGCUAAUCAGAAUACAAAAAUGCUAAUCAUAAAAGCUUAUUAGUGUCCUGUAGGCUAAGUUAGCUCGCUCCUUAGCCAGCAAACUUUUACCUGAAGUCUUACUAGGUUGUAAAGUUGUCGCCUGAAGUCUUACUGUUUAUUUCCUGUUAAUGUAGCCUUCGUUCAGACCGUUCGUCCUGGUAAUUUUGAUUAGUCAGAAAAUGGCUGCCAGUGGGCUCUACAAGGACUGUGAAAAUUAGUGGCAAACAGUUUUGCAAUUGACAACAAAGCUAACAGUGGCACAACUUGUCAGGGUGUGAGUUCUUUAACUUCAUCUACAUCACCCACAGUGUUACGUUUUUUAAACUUAGUUGCUGAUAUCAAAAUUAUUUACCGCUUGUUCUGCCACCUUUUGUAGCUCCUACUGGCAGCCAUUUUGCAGAAUUGAAAAAGAUGAUCAGCCUGUGGCAUAUAGGCUGUUAGCAUGCUCUUUAGCGAGUAGGCUGUCACCUCAAGUCUUAUUAAAGCUAGCUCCUGUAGUUUCCAGCAUUCUGACACUGCUAACAAGCUGUGUUACAGUUAGCUUAGCUGCCAAUACCAAAAUAAUUUCCCCACCACUUCCACAGCUCCAUUGGCAGCCAUGUUACGUGACCAACACACAUUUACUUUCCAUCGUUGUUUGAAAAACAAAACGUCCAGCAGAGACUUCACGGUCUGUAACACCUACUCCCUCUUUUUCCUUUUUGCCUUCCUCCUUCUCCUGCUCCUCCUCCGUCAUCAUCAUCAUCAUCGGACUUAUUUAGCUGCAUGUUUAAUUGACCACAACCAAUAUCAUCAUAGAGAAAAAGCGACAAAUUAAAAAGGAGAGAAAAAAAAUAGAAAAUUGUCAUACUUAUCCCCUUAAUGAUUGAUUAUUAUUGUUGUUAUUAUUAAUAAUAUAAGUUUGUUUUAUUUUAUUUUCUCAUUUGGGAUGAAAAGACC